GAAUCGACAAUGAAUCGUGCGUCGGUGAAAAUGAAUAAGACCGUGCAUUACGCUGUGAUUGCAUUUUGGGAGAAGUCUGGGUGCAAAAUCGUAGCGGAUUACUCGGCGAAGCAGGACUCGGCUCUCAGGGCUAUCGUGUUGAGCACGGUAGACAGCCUGAAGUCGCUGGAGGACGAUAAGAUCAGCUUCGAUAGGGGCAAUUACACGGUACACUUGCUGAUCGGUGAGCUGCAUUAUGCCUGCCUAACGUCGAAACCGGACUGUCCCUCGUCGGCGGCGAGACUAGAGUCCUGUUCCCAGGUGUUUUUAGAAAGGUUAAGGAGUGUCUAUAGGGAACUACCGAUACUGGCUGACCUCUCCAUGGAUUUGACCAGCUUGACGAUUAUUGACCUAUCGAACCCGUUGAAGAAGAUAGUCGAGGAGUACAAUCAAGAACCUGAGAUAAUUCCUCGAUUGGAGGGUGAACUGGCAGAAAUUCGAAAGGCAUUGAUGGACGGCGUACAGAAGUUGAUCGACCGGGGUCAGAGACUGGACGAGCUCGUUCAGAAGACGCAGACCCUGCAGCUCAUGUCCAGAAAGGAUUUCCACGUGCUGACCAGAUCGUCCAGGAAGAAGAGAAACGCAAUGAUUGCAGUAGCUGCGGGAAUGGUAACAUUCCUCUCCACAUCGUUCUUCGUGUUUUUAAUUUACGCAGGGAUUAUCUGAUCCUUUGACGUGUAAAUCAUGAGAGCAAAUAAAUUAUUUAUUGCCUG